AUGUCCAGACUCAAGUUACCCCUGCUCCUUCUCUAUCCAAGGGCAACCUCAACAACCAACACCAUGUGUGGCAGCUACUACGGAAACUACUAUGGUGGCCGUGGCUAUGGAUGCUGUGGCUAUGGAGGCCUACGCUAUGGCUAUGGAGGCCUGGGCUGUGGCUAUGGAGGCCUGGGCUGUGGCUAUGGCUGUGGCUUCCGCAGACUGGGCUGUGGCUAUGGCUGUGGCUAUGGAUAUGGCUCCCGCUCUCUCUGUGGCUGUGGUUAUGGAUGUGGCUCUGGCUUUGGAUACUACUAUUGA